AUGCCUCCUCGAAGAGCCCGCAACACCAAUACUGAGAAUACCGAAGAACCACCUCCAAAUUUGGCUCAACUUAUGCAACUUCUUUACCAACAAUCUGUUACCCUUGCUCAAAAACAACUUCUUCAACAACAACUCCAACAACAACAACAAUCACCUCCACCAACACCUACUACCUUUAAAAAUUUUCAAGCUGUGAAACUACCCGAGUUCCGUGGAACUCAAGACCCUGUUGAAGCUCAAUCCUGGCUUAAGGAGAUAGAGAAAGCUAUUGUAACCGAUGAGAAGAAGGUUGAGUAUGCGUCGUAUGUUCUGAAAGGUGAAGCGAACUAUUUGUGGGAGUCAGCUCGUGCUUUGGAAGAAGGUGAGGUUAUCGCUUGGGAUAGAUUUAAGAAGAUUUUCUUAGACAAGUAUUUUCCAAGGUAUAUGCAAACUCAAAUAGAGUUAAAGUUCUUUGAAUUGAAGCAAGAAGGAAUGACUGUUGGAGAAUAUGAGAAGAAAUUUACAGAAUUGGCAAGGUUCAUUGGAGAUUAUGUUGACACGGACGAGAAAAGAGCAAAGAGAUUUCAACAGGGAUUAAAGCCUUGGCUACGAAGCAGAGUGACUGCUUUUAUUGUGGCCACAUAUGCUGAAGUGGUCUGGAAGGCAAUGGUGAUUGAAGGGGAAAGUGAUCAGAAUUAG